AUGGCAGAUCUUUUUAUGCAAAAAUACUUCCAUCUGGAAAAGACAGCUAAGCUAAAGAACCGUAUCAUGACAUUCAAACAGGACGAAGGAGAAUCGCUACAUGCAGCUUGGGAGAGGUUCAAAGAUCUUCUAAUCGAUGUACCACAUCAUGGGUUGUCCAAAAGACAACUUGUGUUGAAGUUCUACCAAGGACUUAACUACGACUCACAAGAACGCAUAGACGUAUAUGACGGAGGCGAUCUUGGAACGAAAACACCAACGGAAGCCUAUGCAAUUAUAGAGAAAGCUACCUUAGAGUCGACUUCUCGUCACAGUGGAGUACGAAGUAAAGCAUUAUCUAUUCCUGUAGUUCAUCAAGUGGAUACAUAUACGGCUCCUACAACGCAGAUCGGAGCUUUGGCUGCAAGGUUUGAUCAAGCUCAGAACGUUUCAAAGAUACAAUCAUCAUGUGAGCAGUGUGGAGUGUCACACGAGCCAGGUACUUGUGAGCAGGGUGUUAUGUUUACCGGCCACGAGGAGGUGGACUAUCUGGGCAAUCAAAUCAGGCCCCAAAAUAACCUUUACAGCAACACGUACAAUCCGGGGUGGAAGAAUCAUCAAAACUUCGGGUGGAAAUCUAAUUCUGGGAACCAAAACCCACUCGGAUAUGCCAAGCGUGCUCCCGCGCCACAGCAGCCCCAGGGACAGCCUUACCAAUCUCGGGGUCCGUCCUUCCAGCCAAAUUACCAUCAUCAAGGCUCCGGGAGCAGUUCCCAGCCUCACGCCUCUCAGAAUAACUCUAAGCUAGAGGAGAUGAUGGCACAGCUGUUAGGAAACUUCAAUUGUGCUAAUCAGAUAGCUGAGAGCCGCUACCAACAACAUGAGGAACGAUUUAUGGCCCAAGAAGGGGAGAUGCGGGGUCAGAAAGCUUCUAUACAGACCAUUGAGAAUCAGGUGGGACAGUUGGCUAAAAUGUUGUCAAAGACACCCCCGGGUGGUCUUCCAGGAAACACAGAGCCGAAUCCAAAAGGGCGUGUCAAUGCCCCACACGUUUAA